ACAAAACUCUAAAAAAAAUGUCAAGUUUAUUGUCGGUGACAAUUCUUCAACCUCACUGGUGGGGGUUGAGGAACUGAUUGAAAGAUCCGGGGCCGCUCAUUAUACAGGCAGCACUAUUUCCGUUUAUUUCAUCCUUAUUAUAUAAUUGGACACACAGCCAAUUGUUUCGUUAUUUCGUUGCUAUUGUCAUUUGCGAUAUCCUCCGGUCUUCAUUCAGCCCUCGUCAGCGGGCAUUCAGUGGCCUAUUGUGCCGGCAGUUUUGGCGAUUUUUUUCUAUCACAUAUUCUCAUCUAUUUAUCUUCAGGAUGGUUCAGAACAAUAGCAGCGUCAGUGACAUUGGCACUGACCGCCUGAGGACUGCAAAGCAUAAAAGACAAGCAGUUCUUUCUCGCACAUCUACUUUGCAGCUCUCCUCCGAACAACAUCGACAAGUUCUCCGACGUUCGACUUCUCUAGAGAUAAAUUCUAGACUUCUUUUUCUCGGAAAGUCACCGGCCUUCUCACUGUCACAGCCUCCAUCGCCUGGCCUCCCGCUCUCUUCUUCACAUCGGAAGACCAAGUCCAACCAGCUCGCCCAUCCACCCAUCCUUCACCGUCACCUCAGCAGACCUCCGGCGCCCAGCAAACUCGCCAAACUCUACAGGCGUCAUCGCAAUCUUGAGAGGGCCGUCAGCUUGUUUCUGCUCCGACGACAGUGGUGGAGACGAACACGAAGACCAACCCUCAAUUCGGACUUCAUCAAGCACCUCCGCCAAAUCCAGGCCGACGAGCCCUCUUCGGACGAGGAAUCGGGCCGCAUCCUCGCCUCUGCCGCUGUCUCCGCCCACCGCCGCAGCCCUUCGACCACGAAGCCGGCCACCACCACCACUCCCGCUCAGCCGGGCGAGACCGAGGUUGCGCCCGCCAAGAGGAAGCGAGAUGGCCCCGCCGAGGCUGCUCCCGAGAGCACCAACCUAGGAGCUCCGGCUAAGCCGGGCAGAGUCCAGUCCCCUUCGCCCCUCGCCAACGGAAAGCCCUCCCCCGUGGCCAACGGUACCACGAGCCCGAGGAAGCGGGCCCGAGCGAACGAGGAGGCCAGUCCCGGUCCCCGUGAGGGCGUCCACAAGCGGGCCAAGACCGAGACACCGCUUCCCCCCAAACCCAAACCGGAGGCGGCCAGCAGCAAGACGACAGCAGCAACAGCAGCAGCAGCAGCGGCGGUGCCCCCUCGGAAGCCCGUCGACAAGAUGGAGUACUUCGAGCGGCGCGUGCACGACAUGCUCACGAACCCCCUGGAAUUCGACGACUGCGUCCACGACAGCACCCGGCCGCCGCCGCGCCACGCCGCCCGGAGCUUUGCCAAGUACCGACGCCGCCAGACGCAGGCCCCGCCGCCCCUCGUCAUGAGCGGCGCGCUCGGGCCCGCCGCGCCUGCGUCGUCCACGCUCGUUGCGAAGCCGGCCGUUGUUGUUGCACGGUCUAAGGGGUCUGGGAAUGCCCUGGCUACGGAGGCGCAGAAGCGCGCGCACCAGCGGAAGGGCGGGGAGUGGGCGCAGGGUUCGAAGGGGAAGGGGAAGGCGGUGACGUCGCCUGGGCCGCAUGGGAAAGCUGUGGGCAGGCAGCCGGUUGUGUCGAGGUCGGAUGGUGGCAGGCGUGGGGAGAGGCGGUGGUUGUCUAAUGCGCGGCAGACGGGGGUGAAUGGUGGGCAGCGUCAUCCGGCGGGUGUAAAGAAAUAUAAUAAGUUUGCUUGA